UCCCUUCCCGUUACAUUUCAGGCAUGUCGGGAGUAACGUUGACGUCGGGGACGACGACAUCCGGCACGACGGUGAACACGGGGGCCGUCGAAUUAACUGAUAGCGGGGGCAGAGCCCUAAAACUUCAAACGGAUGCCCCGCACUUGGUCAGCAUGGGAGGAGGUAGACUCAGCACGGCGGUUACCUUGCACCCAUUACCACAAGGUAGAGUAACUUUGGGAAGUAGUCCAGCAGCAGAUAUUAAAGUUCAAGGUACUGGGGUACUACCAAUGCAUUGUCACAUAGAAAAUUGCGAUGGAAUAGUAACAAUUUACCCUCUAUCCGAAAAUUUGUGCAUAGACAGCGUUCCAGUAACAGGAGCAACUCGUUUAUCUCAAGGUGCCAUGUUAACAAUAGGUCGUUCAAAUUAUAUGCGAUUUAAUCACCCGGCUGAGGCUAAACUAAUAAAGGCAGCUCUACCAAAUUCAAGGAUUUCAAUGACGCCUAUGUCUUUUGAAGUCGAAAGUGGUUAUCAGUCCCCAAAGUACGGUAAAAAACCGCCGGUGGUGCCAAGAAAGAUCUCUACCUCACGAGAUUCUCUAUCCGAUGACGAAAAACCGUCGAGUAUAAUGACUAAAGUAACCAAAUUCGAAUAUUUAGCCGCUCAAAAUUUAAAGAAAUCGAUCUCACCGAAAGUGUUCUCAUCGAAUUUGGUUACCGUAAAUAUGCCGGCUAAAGACGUUUUAGGAAAAACGCCGCCGGAUUUGCAAACGUUUGCUAAGAAUCUCCCUCAAUCCGCUUUGAAUUAUUCCGAACUAAACCACACUGAAAAACAAAAAAUUAAAACGCCCGACAGACAAAUUUUCGGUAGAAAAUCUCCAAAUUACGUGAACGUUACAUUAAAUGAAACAAAAACCAUCAACAACCGAGUGGUGAUAUACGAGAACGGAUGCGUGCCAAAACACCAGAAAGUGGGAAACGACGGCGCUAAUGACCUGAAUAUCAUCAAUAACAGGAAUUGCGGUACGACGACAACGCAGAAUUUGAACAAGACCGUGAACGUCAGCAGGACAACGACUUCGUCACCUUGUUUUAAUAAUACUUCCUGUAACGGAAACUCGAUCAAUAUCAAUCAACAACAGUGUUGCGAUCCUGCUGAUAUGUACAAGUGCGUGCCAGCUGUUUGCGGAGUUUCCGGACACUUGGAGGAUGUUGCUUUAAGAAAGAAUGAAGCUGAAUUGCGUAGAAAUCAAGCGCAAGUGGAUAGGAUUAAAGAACAAGAAGUUGAAAAAGCGGAACAGGUCCGUUUAGAAGAGAUUCUUAACAUGUGUGCAGAAUACGAGAAACAAGUUCAGUGCGAAAAGCAAGCUAAACCGAUUACACCUAACAGAAUAAAAACGAAUGGUUCAUUACCAAGGGAUAAAAGACAAUGUAUUUCACCAAAUUUAUUAAAAAAUUCGCCUCAACAUACGAACGACCACAUUUUUCGAUUCGAAACCGAACACAUUUUUAAACAAAAUAAUUCUUAUGAAAACGUUAUAGCUCAAGGAACAAAUUCCAACGUUUCUCUGUCAGAUUUAAACGAUUCACCAGUUUCACCGUGUGGAAGUAUGUAUGAAAAUAUUACGCUGCCGCAAAACAAUUCACCUUUUCACCAUUCCCCGAGAACGCGAAUAAAAACAUUUAUCACAAACAAAGAGCCAAUAAAAGAUAAUAAACUGCCGAUGAUUGAUGUGAUUGAAAGCAAAUUCGCCGCCGUUCAAUUAGAACAUAACAAUUUUACAAAGUCUUUAAAUUCACCUAACAAAGACGAUGAUUCACAAAAACCUACACCUACAAAACUCAUAUUACCAAUCGAAUUGAAUAACAGUAUGAAGAGAGACGAAUACGAAUAUUAUACCGAAACAUUUAAGCGACUAAACGAAGACUCAUUACAAAGUUCUUUAAAUAGUUUAACGUCAACGAAAAGUAAACAGGAAGUAAAUAAAAAACGUAUUGAUGAAUUAAAAGGACAGAAAAAAGAACACUUAGCGGGUAUUGCUAAAAUAAAAAGGCAAAUGGCUGAAAUUGAAAUUUUAGGUGAAGAAUUACACAGAGAGCUUCAAAUGGAAAAGGCUUUAAUAAACGGUGAAUUUAAAAGUAAAGAAGUAGAAUUAGAAAAAUUACAAUCAAAAAAAGAAAAAUUACAAAAACGUGCUCAUAAAAUCGAUGAAAAAAUGAAAGACUGUCAAGCAAAACAAGAAGAAGAUCAAAAAGUUUGUAAACAAAAACUACAAAUGGCACAAGAAAACAUGCACAAAAUAGAAACACUUAUGACAAAUGUUGCCAAAGGUACCAAGGAAUAUGAAGAUCUGUUUGAAGAUUAUUUAGCAGCACAGGAAAUUUUAGACAACGAAAGAAAAACGUUUGAAGAUCUUGAAUUUCAUCAUUUAGAAGAAGAAGCCGAUUGGUUGGCGAGUCGCGAAGAGCUCCAAAGAGAAAUCGUUGAUUUAUCUCAAAAAAUUGAUGAAAUUAACUCACAAAUAAUCGAUCUGGAUUAUCAACAAUCGGUAACUUCGAGUACUAACGCGGAAGAAUACCGAAAAAUCGAACAACAAAAAAUUGAGUUCUCAAAGAAAAUCGAAGAAGUUCGCAAUAAAAUGAAAAUCAUUGAUAACGAAUUAUCGAAAUAUUCGAAUCAAGAAUCUGAGCAAGAAGCGUCCAGUGAUACUGAUAGUGAUAAAGAAAAACAUUUAAAUAAACCCGAAUAUUGUAUACCACCCGAUUUAAGUACUUCUUUAAUGAUGGAUCCAAACGAUACCCAUAGUAUUGAUGAUAUUUACAAUAUGUCGCAAUCAUUCAAUGAGAAAAUGUUACACGAAAAAUUAAUUUUAGAUGGAGACAUCGUUCGGAAAUAUCCUAGUCAAGAUGAUAUCGAUAGAAUAAGUAAAGUUACGUCAAAUUCUCCUAUGAAUAUUGAUGAUGGACGAGGUUCGUUAGGUCGAAAAACUAUAGAAUCUUUAAAGGAAAUUGAAAGAAAACGGAAAUUGCAUCUUGUCCAACAAGGAUGUCAAGUAAUUGAAAAUGAACGUAUGAGGGUGCUAGCUUUAAAACAAAGAGUUCAACAGGAAGUUAGGGUGAAAUGGGCACAGAGAUCUCAGGAUUGUUCAUCUCUUAACUCAACCGGAUCAGAUGAAACACAAUAUAGUGUCGCAGCUUAUGAACAAAGAUCAUCCAGAGAUGGAAAUUCAAAUGGAAUUAACCAGAGCGAUUUAGAACCGCUCCGAGGAAAACCCGAAGGAAUUGAAUCACCUCGACCUUUAUCAGAAACCAGUGACGUAAGUGUCGAAGUCGGUGCUUUAACAAAGAAACGAAACCGACCUGAUAAACAUCGACCUCUAACGAGAUAUUUACCAAUAAGAAGUGCCGAAUUAGACUUAAAGGUUCAUAUUGAAUCAGCAGGUCAUCAAGUCGUUUUAUGUCCACACGUAACGAUAAACACUUGGUCUUGUCGCGGUUUCUUGCAUAAGAAAGGUUCCAAAUUGAACGGAUGGUCACGAAGAUGGUUCGUUUUCGAUCGAAACAAGAGGACCUUGGUUUAUUACUCCGAUAAAAGUGAGAAGAAAGCUCGCGGUGGUGCCUAUUUCCAAGCGAUUGAAGAAGUUUAUUUGGAUCAUUCGAAUUCGAUUAAAUCGCCUAACCCUCAACUAACGUUUAUUGUUAAAACACACGAAAGAUGUUAUUACUUAAUGGCACCAUCACCAGAAGCUAUGAGAAUAUGGAUUGACGUUAUUUUUACUGGUGCUGAAGGCUAUCAGGAAUUUGAACAUGGUACUUGAAAUGGUGUAUCAACAAAGAGGUUCUGAUGAUAUGUUUUAUUUUUAUUAUUAUUUUUUUAACUUGAAACACGUUUGUGUUUUUUAUUAAUGUGUUAAAAUGUAGAUGAGUGGGAAAGAAUCUUUUGUGCUGUAAUUCGUAGUGUUUAAGUUUUAUUAAUAAGGAUACAAAUUUAAUGUAAACUGCUACUUAUUAUUAGAAUUUUUUAUUAGCAGAAUAUGAUCUUAGUGCCUUCAUUAAGAAGACUGCAUUUGAUAACUUUGAUAAAAAUGAAUUAAUAAGAUUGUAUCUUUAGGAUAAGCAUAAUCGUACAUAUAUUUUUAUAACGUAUUUCAUUAACGUUAUUAUUAAGACUGUUUAUCAUGAAUUACAUAAAUAAAUUAUGUAUUUUAAA